GAUACACACAGUGGCCAUGCAUCAAAUAGGCAAGCUUAAUGCCUUUGCAAACAGAGCGCGCGCAGCGGCCGUUUCUCGGAGACAGCCGGCGGAGACAGCCGGGGAAGAAGCCGCUCGGAUCGCGCUAGCAAUGUCUACGGCCGGCUUGGGCUUCCGCGCCUGCCCUGCCAGAACCGCUCGCUUCCUUCGCCUUUAAAAGUUCUAUUUUUCUCGCCCUUCGGCCCCGCCAGCCCCGCGAUCGCAAGUUUGGUGGGGGGGAGGCGGCGGGUGUAGAAGCGGCGCAGCCGGAGAGGAUCGGCGAGAAAAAGUUGCGGCAACUUUGUCGGCGGAGCCUAAGAUAAGGACGGCGGGAGAAAAGCGGAGUCAGCGAAGCCGAGCGCCACUGCAUCCUUGCGGCCGAGACGAUCGCUUCCACCCGCCCACCCCCACCCCCAGCGGAAAAGCCGGCGCCCGGGAGAAUCACGCGGGGAAAUCCGGAAGAAAAGCCGGGAGCAGGCGGAGGGGAGGAGCGCCCGGCUUCCUCGCCUGAUUCCAGGGCAACUCGGCCAUGGCAGGCGGGGAAGGGCGCCUCCUCGCUUCCUCCAAGUAGCCGGAGACUUUAGCACGGAGCGAAGCGGGACAGGUGCCGCCGGCCUGGAGAGAAAGAGAGCAACCAGCCCUGGGGCGGGACAACUCCGCGUGGGGCGUCCGUGGAAAAAUCUGGAUUGACUCGGCCGAGGAUUGAGCUGCAUCUUCCCCGACAGUCCCUCGGCCCGAUCGAAGCCGGCUUUCUCGUUCCUCGCGGAGGCGGCACUCUCAUCCGGGCGGCUGCCGAACGCUCUUCCCUUCCCAGAGCAAAACAGAGGCCGGAGGGAGGACUUGAGUUUUUUUCUUUUUUUUCCCAAAGGGACUUUUCUGCUACCUUCACCUUUCCCUGAACGGCGCGGGGCGGAGAGCCUCGACGGCAGAAGAGCGGACGGUCAAGACGACGGUGCGAGGAUCGCCCCCCCGCGAGGAGGAGGAGGGUGGGGGAGGCAACCUCGGAUCCGGCCCCGCAGCCACCAUUGAUUUCCUGCGGGUGGCUCGCAGCGACGGGCUGGGCGCUGCUGCCGCCGCCGCCGCCGCCGCCGCGGGCAUGGCCAAGCCGGCGGACCACGUGAAGCGGCCCAUGAACGCUUUCAUGGUGUGGUCGCGGGCGCAGCGGCGCAAGAUGGCCCAGGAGAACCCCAAGAUGCACAACUCGGAGAUCUCCAAGCGGCUGGGGGCCGAGUGGAAGCUGCUGAGCGAGGCCGAGAAGCGGCCCUUCAUCGACGAGGCCAAGCGCCUGCGGGCCAUGCACAUGAAGGAGCACCCGGACUACAAGUACCGGCCGCGGCGGAAGCCCAAGACGCUCCUCAAGAAGGACAAGUUCGCCUUCCCGGUGAUGUCUUACGGCUUGCCCGACGUCGCCGACCCCCACGUCCACCCCCUCGGACCGCAUCACCCGGGGCUCAAAGCCGGCGCCCUCCACGGCCACGAAGCUCUCCUGGCCAACCCGGAGAAAGCCGCCGCCGCUGCCGCUGCGGCCGCCCGCGUCUUCUUCCCUCCCUCUGCUGCGGCGGCGGCGGCAGCGGCUGCAGCCGCGGCAGCGGGCAGCCCUUACUCGCUGCUCGACCUGGGCUCGAAAAUGGCAGCGGAGAUCUCGUCCUCGGCGGGCUCCGGGGCCGGUAGCGGCGGCGGCGGUUCGGCGGCCGGACUGCCCUACGCCGCUUCCUCGCUGGCUUACCCGACGGCUGGAGGCGCUUUCCACGCCGCCGCGGCAGCGGCCGCCGCCGCCGCGGCCAGCGGGGGCCACAGUCACUCGCACCCGUCCCCCGGCAACCCCGGCUACAUGAUCCCCUGCAAUUGCAGCGGCUGGCCCGGCCCGGGACUCCAGCCGCCCCUGGCCUACAUCCUGCUGCCCGGCAUGGGUAAACCACAGCUGGACCCUUACCCGGCGGCGGCCUACGCCGCGGCCCUAUGACAAUCAGCGCCCCGAUGAGGAGCCCGAGGCCGAGAAAAGCCGGGCGGCCUCGCGGGGCCCGGACUGCAGCCGCAAGUAGAGCGCCGGCCGUCAGCCCCGCCUGGCUCCCCGCGAGAAGCCCGCAGCCUGGCGCUUGGCUCGCCCUCUCUGUAGCUCCGGAGACGGGAACCUACGCUGGUGACCACUCGGCUUCCUCCCCGGCAUGGCCGGAGGGGCCGAGAAGUCGCUGCUUCCUCGAAGUUUGCUUUCCGGGAAGAUCCCGCCUUGCCAACUUGCAAGACCCGCUUCCGACGACCUUGGGAGUUGCUUUGCUUUCCGUUCCAUGAUUCCACCCUCCCUGCCCGCUUUCCUCUCCUUCGCCCCCAAACCCACGUCCUACCCUGACCCGCAGUUCCGAGUAUAUGCUAGCCAAGUCCCCACCCCGGCCCCAACGUAUUCGCGAGGAUUUCUUUUCAAUCGGUAUCGAUCUGUCUGGAUGCUACUGAGCAGAAAGAGAGUUUGGUACCCCCGCCCGUACCAAAAGCAGAGCCCUUAUACAAGACAGAGAAGUAGCAAGGAGGCGCUUAACCCUCCCCAGAAGAGAAAACCGGCUGCUCGCUCUUCCUCCUGCCAUCCACACGUCUCACCUGAAGUUUGUAAAAUGUAUACCUGUCCGUGAGAACUUUAGGUCUAAGGCUAUAUUAUUUGAGAACUGUGGGUUUUGGGUUUUGGCUGCGAUCCUACGCCCACAUUGGCUCGAUGCUAGGUCUGGCUGCCUUCAAAGGGACUUUGCUUCCGAGCCGACGAAGGAAGAGAGGGGGGAAUAAAAUCCGUAAGGCUCACCCUCACGUCUCGAGUCAGAUUCAGACGGCUGCGAGUCAGUCAAAACUGCGAGUCACUUUUCCUGGUUGCCAUUUGAGUUCGAGGCUUUUCUUUCUUUCUUUCUUUUUUUAAAUCGGACUUCCUAUUUGAGGGAAAUAAUAUAUUUAUUAUGAUGUCAAUGUAUCUCAGUCCUGCGUGUUUAAGAGAAGACACUUACCCUUUUCCCCCCCCUCCCUAACUCCAUCACCUUUAAAAAAAAAUAAAAUCGGGUGUUCUCAUGUGAUUGGCAGUCACUCCGCUUGGGUGGGUGGGAGAAAUCUUUAUUUUUUUAAUAAAAGCAUAAAUAUUCAGUUGCAAAUAAUGAUUUUUUUUGGAGGAGGAAUCAAGCUCAUUUUAAACAAUUCCCUCCAUCGCAACAAUUUUACUUUUACUUUUGUAAUGUGUAUAUUUGGAAUUAAUGUUUGUGAAUCAACUUGCUUAAACAGUACUUAGGGAUUCUUUCUUUCAUUCUUCUUUCUUUCUUUCUCUUUCUGUAAUAUAAAGUUUUUUGGAAAAAAGUUUUUUUUAAGUAUUGGUUUUAACAUUUGACGUAUAUAAAUGAGUUUGCUGGUGUGCUCUAAUUUAAAAUUAGACGUCUAAGCUAUAUCUGUACAAUUAGACUCCGACUUAACCACUCUGUUCAUUUUGGAACAAAGAGUUUAAAUAAAAGCCUGAAGCAGGGAAAAGAGAAAAUCCUCUAUUUCUUGUUGAGUUACUUACAAGAUGCUAAUCUCAAUUGCCCUUACCUGCCUAGGCCAGGGGAAAUGUAAGGUAUACUCCAAAGGCGGGCUUUGUUUCACUUUUGAAUGGAUUGACUAGGAAAUCUAAAUCAGACCAUUGUUGCCUGAUUUAUCCCAUUUGAAAUCGUGAAUGGGAAAGACGAUUUUUUUUAAAAAAAAUACUUCUGUUAUCAUUUGAAAAGGGAAAGGAGAUUAAAAAGAAUCAGCAUUCAUGAACUGGCUCGGAUACACAGCCAACUUGGGGCUGGUUUCCACAGAAUCUCUUCAGACUAAAAACUUGUUUGACUGCUCUUUACCACCACAACCCCCACCCCACACUAUCAAAGAGCUUCACAAACCCGCAUGAUUUAUUCAGGUGUCUUUGGGUGGUUUCUUAUGUUCACCAAGAUCUUAUUCUGGACUUAAAGGUCCCCCCUCUACUGCAGAUUCUUCAGGGUUAGGCCCCAAAAGAUUUAAAAGCCACCCUGACCAAUGUGAAGCCCCGAAGGGCAGAUAUGCGGAGGGGUGGUGGUGGUCGUUGAAUCCAGAACAGGAGUGACAUAUGCCUAGGAUUCUGCCACUGGUUUCUUUGUCAGGCUGACCUCUUCCCCUGGGAAGAGCCCCGGCACUUCAGACUGCCAUCCUUUGCACUCUUGCUGGGAAGUUUAGUUCGAGGGUGGGGAAGUUUCCCCGAGAGACAGUGGCCUACUUGGGGAAGGAGUUUCCUGAAGUGCCAGAGCCUUUCGUGGUGGCCGACUUGUUCGUCAUUCACGUGGGAAACAGAGUGGCAGAGCCCCGGAUUCAUGAGGUUUGAUUCAGGCAAAUAGGGGGGAUCCACAAGGUACCAAGACCUCGAGGCCAAAGCCCCGGCCACUGGGCAGACUCUUAUUUGGUCUGAUCUUCUCGCUAGCGCCUGUUGGAAAGUAUUUCUGCUCCCCUUCAUCGUCUUCCGUGGGCGUGCAAAACA